UCCUUCCUCCGGUGUGCCUCAUCCAGCCCUCAAAGCCAUCUUUUACCGGGGAAGGUCAAAACCUCUUUCUUUGUCCCCAAAACCUUUGCUUCAAACUUCAAUUCUUCAAAGACUAUGGAGUCCAUCUCUCUUUCAACUCCGCUUUCCUCCUACCCUUCUCUCAGGCCUUUUCACAAACACUUUCCACCCUCCCUAUCUUGUCCACUUCCUCACAAGCCCCUUAUCUGGCCUGUGAAAUCGUCUCUGAAUUUCUGCCAACCCAUUUCAAGAAACGUGUCGAAAGCUUCAUUGGCCCACUCACUUAGCUUGAGUGUCAACGAUUUUCAGACGAGCCCAGAUGAUAGUGAGUUGUGGACGGCUGCCGCGCCUCAGACUCCGGCCACUGCAAUGAGGGGGGCUGAGGCUGAUGCAAUGGGGCUUUUAUUCAAGGAGAGGAUAGUGUUUUUGGGGAGUAAUAUUGAUGAUCUUGUUGCUGAUGCUAUUAUUAGCCAGCUGCUGUUGUUGGAUGCUCAAGACCAUACUAGAGAUAUUAGGCUUUUCAUUAAUUCACCUGGUGGCUCUCUCAGUGCUACAAUGGCUAUCUUUGAUGUCGUGCGACUUGUGAGAGCUGACGUUUCCACAAUUGCAAUAGGCAUUGCAGCUUCAACAGCUUCCUUAAUCCUUGGUGGUGGCACCAAAGGUAAGCGCUUGGCUAUGCCCAAUACACGAAUUAUGAUCCAUCAACCCCUUGGAGGUGCAAGUGGGCAAGCAAUAGAUGUUGAAAUUCAAGCCCGAGAAAUCAUGCAUAACAAGAAUAAUGUCAUAAAGAUUGUAUCUGAUUUUACUGGUCGAACAAUCGAACAAGUUGAAAAGGAUAUUGAUAGGGACCGGUAUCUCUCCCCCAUUGAAGCGGUUGAAUUUGGAAUUAUUGAUGGAGUUAUUGAUAGAGACAGCAUCAUUCCUCUUGUACCUGUUCCUGAAAGGGUUAAAGCUUCGACAUUCAAUUAUGAGGAGAUCAGCAAAGACCCUAAAAAGUUUUUGACGCCCGACAUUCCUGAUGAUGAAAUAUAUUAGUUGCUCAACUUUACUGGUCAUGGCCAGUCCUUACCUUUGGAUUGCUGAAACUGGAGACCUAUCAACAUUUUAUUCUCCAUCAAUUGUAGAAAUUAGCAGCUUAGAAGAUGUUCUGGCUUAUAGCUUGGUAAUAACAUGACCAUCGGUGAAGGCCAGACAAUCUUCGCACAGCCUCUGGGAUUUCUGCUGGAUUUACUCCAUUGCCCAACACCUCCUUUUCAGUGUUCUGUAAUGAAGGUUUCCAGUCCACAGAUCUUGUAGUAAAAAUUUUAUUCAGUAGCUGAAAGUGAUAUUUGCUGGGCUGCCUAACACAUUAGAAGGGGAAGAACAUUGCUUUAAUGGCUAAUUAUAAAGUAAGUUUGUGCUUGAUAUUAAAUACUUAUCCAGUAACAUAUUUUUUGUGAAGCGAAUGUGAUCUCGUUUUCUGUA